CCACAAAUUUAGUCGCGUGGCGCCUUGUCUUAUUCAUCAUCAGGUCUUCGAUUCUUUCGUUUUCACGUCGCCAAGAUGAAGAUCGGUCUGUGUGCUUACAGCGGGUACAAAAUAUAUCCUGGCCAUGGCAAGACCAUGGUUAAGGUUGACGGGAAGAGUUUCACUUUCCUUAACUCAAAGUGUGAAUCUGCUCACCUGAUGAAACGCAACCCUAGGAAAGUAACAUGGACUGUUCUCUACAGGCGCAAACACAAGAAGGGUCAGGAAGAAGAACAGGCUAAGAAAAGGACUCGUAGGACGCAAAAGUUCCAACGUGCUAUUGUUGGUGCUUCUUUGACUGACAUUCUUGCUAAACGUAACAUGAAGCCGGAAAUCAGAAAAGCACAACGUGAACAAGCUAUCAAAGCUGCAAAGGAACAGAAGAAGGCUCAGAAGGCUGUCAAGAAGGCAGCAGCACCACCUAAAGCAAAACCUGUACACAAACAGAAAGCUGCAAAGGUUCAGCAAAAGGCUGCGCCAAGGGUUGGUGGAAAACGAUAAAUUAUUUCUAUUAAACUUUUGAAAAAAUAAAGUGUCUAAAAGCUAAAAAAAAGACAAUUCUUUUUAAAUAUUUUAUUUAAACAAAUCAAUAACACUGCCGUUAAAGUGAACAAUCAAACCAUAAA